AUGCCCAUGCUCAAAUUUAGACCACUAGUCGUGUUGAGGGGCAGUCCGGUUGCGAGUCCAAAGCGGUUAGGCCUUGGAUAUAGAACUUUUGCCUCCCAAGUUCCAGAUGGUAAACCACCCGCGGAAUCAAAGAACGGUAAUCACGAAACAGCUAAACCAUCUCUUUGGAUCAGAGUAAAGCAUGAAGCUAAUCAUUACUGGGAUGGCACCAAGCUGCUGGGCUUAGAAAUGAAGAUUGCCUCCAGGCUUCUGAUGAAAACCGCUGCAGGCCAUCAACUUAGCCGUCGCGAGGCCUUACAACUCAAGCGAACGACACAAGAUGUGGUACGAUUAGUACCUUUCUCAGCAUUCGUAUUGGUGCCCUUCGCGGAACUACUGCUUCCAAUCGCUUUGAAAUUGUUCCCUAACAUGUUGCCAUCGACCUACGAAUCGAAGAACGACAAAAUGUCGAAAUUGAAAAGUUUGCGUGAAACUAGGGGGCUAGUAUCCGGUAUAAUCAAGGAACAAAAAAGUCAUUUCAAACCCGGCAACAUCACCAAUGAACAGAAGACAGUUUUCAACCAAUUUUACCAACAUGUCCGUGCAACUGGUGAACCCGAAUCUCGACAACAGUUGAUCCACGUUGCCCGUUUAUUCACUGAUGAUACAGUUUUGGAUAACGUAACCAGACCAUACUUAGUCGCACUGGCCAAAUAUAUCAACCUACAACCCUUUGGGACUGAUGUUAUGCUUCGUUACCGCAUUCGUUACAAGAUGUUGGAAUUGAAGAAGGACGAUUUCGCCUUGUAUUACGAAGGUGUGAAUAGUCUAGAUUCCGCUGAGCUGCGUACUGCCUGCGCCUCUCGUGGUAUUCGUAAUUUGAACGUGGAAGAUUCUGUCCUGCGUAACAAUCUCAGCAUUUGGCUGUACAUGAGACUGAAGGAUAAAAUCCCCUCUACUCUGCUUAUCAUGGCCACAGCAUACACCUAUGGAGAUGUUAGUUCAAGAAAGACGCUAUAUGAAGCUCUGUGUGAUGUUCUAAGUGGUAUUCCAGAUGAACUGUAUCAUGAAGUCAAGGUUAAUGUUGUCGAAGAGAAUGAUGCCACCAACAAAUCGAAAAUGGCUCAAAUUAAAGAGCAAGAGGAAAUUAUGAGAGAAGAAGAAUCACAAGACAAAGACUCACUCGUCAGGAUUAGAGACGAGUUGAGUUUGGACGAUAUCGACAAACAAGAGCAGUUGAAGAACAAAGCUCAAAAAUAA